AACGAGCUCGCACCCGUCUCGAGGCUCGUGGUGGGCCUUUUUCCAAUUGCCUUUUUCACGGCACUCCACACACAAAAAGCAUGUACCUCCUCAUAUUGGCACUGCUCCUCGCCGGCCAAGCCGUGCAGCAUGCAUCGGGCAGCCUCGUCAAAUCCACUCAGCCUCAGCCCGACCCGAAGGAGGUCGGUGAUAAAGAGAAUAUAUUCCUCUUGAUAUCCAUGCGAAUGCAACAUCUGUGCUGAAUGCAGUUACUCUCUUUCUACCGGGGCAAGAGCAAAAUCUCGAGGGGGUGAGACAGACACAGCGCACUUGGAAUUUUGUCGUCACGCGGUUUUGUCUCAUGCUCUUGUCGGAUGCAGUGGAGGGGGAUAUUCGUCCAUAGAUGACAUCUUCACAUGGGACUACGGCACACUCAACAGGUUGCAUGCCCAGAAAACCACUGCAAACUGUGUUCUCUUUCAUUGUUUGCGACUGUGCAUCAUCCACUGACAUUACCUCAGCCAUGCUGCGUACCACCAGUGGCUGUUCCCGACAUUCACCCGCUCGGAAUACCACCCAGAGAUACCCACACUCACCGAGGAUGUUGCACGAACGUUUCGCGAGGACGAAAAGGUCAGUGAACAGGGGCACGACUACGGGGGUUUUCAGCUCAUUUCUUGGCUUGCAGGUGGCCGAGAAGUUUUUCAAGGUGUUCAGCUUCUGGAUUCGAUUCAUCGGGAUGAACGGGGGUGAACUUGAGCCUGGUUCUCACGAGGCGGUGGGUCGUGACGAGGAAGAGUGGGCGAUCAGUGACGAAGUCUUCAGUUGGGACGAUCGGUACGCUUGUGAUCGGAAGAGGACCAUGCAAAGACCAACGUCGACCGUCGGCUUCUUUCCCGCCUUGGCUGUCUGUCUGCAGGUACUACAACGCCUUCAUCCUAUACAGCCAUAAUCGGCUGCGUAUCUCUCGCGUCAUCGAGUCGCUCUCUGUCCUCGGUAAGCGAAUAUCAGUGCAUGGAUGAGGAAUAUGGACAGCCUCGCGAUUUGGCUGAGCACAUGUUUUUCUAACUCUUUGACUGCAGGUCUCCGCGACUAUGCGGCCGACCUGGUCGGUCACCUGGAGAACGAGAUUCUGUGGAACAUUUCUCCUCACAGAAUGUACGCUGUUCACGGCCUGGGCCCUUCAUGCAUCGCUCGUGCAAGUACCAACGAGUACAAAAACGAUCCAGUGGUCAAAGCCUUAGGCUACUGGCAAGACAAACUGGCCGAGACCAAGAAAUAUGCCCGACACGUCUCUGUCCUUUUGCGUUAGUGAAGGAUGGCAAGACACAGAGAGGCGACAGUGAGGCAAGUGAGUGAUCGUGGGGAGCGCGCCUCUAUAUCUCUUCCGUACGUGGCCUUGUCGCUUUUUUUUUCAUCUGUCUGACUGUCUGUAACUGUCUGUCUGACUGUGUGCAUGCACGUUUGCCAGUCAGUGCUGCGCUCUCAAUAGGCGUGUUAGAUCGCCGCAUCACUGAUAUGGUCGGAUGUGUGGUGUUGAGAGCUUUGCCUCAUCAUCCUAAGCACCCCUCCCCUCCUCUUCUCCUUCCGUCUGACUGUCUGAAUGGACGGACGAUUGCCUGAUUGACAUGCACGGUGGAUGAACGAUAGACGGAAGACACACAGACGAAGUGAUAUAUAUGGAUGCAUAUAUACACACGUCUCAGCCACGACCACACGGCCAGCCAUCCGCUGGCUGCACGCACAUCUGAUGCGGCGCUUGUUGUG